GCGCUGAGGGGCCAGAGGACUACACGUUCCUCUCUUUCGGCGAGGCUGGCUACAGUGACACCGUCUUGGAGGAUUUCAGCGAGCUCUUGGCGGACUUUGAGCAUGACUGCCGUGCUGCUGCCUGGCGAUUGGCUGCCAAGCAUCCUGAUGGUGAACAGCUCGCUGACGGAGCAGAUCUGCAUGGGAUACAACGUGAAUUGGAUGCCUUCGCCAAGAGCGGCGCCAUGGACAUGUGGGGUGCGACGGUCUCGGUCAUAGCAGGAGGCCAGUGGGCGCAGCAGAGGCAGCACGAGGCAGGGUACCAG